UGCCCUCGCGGGGAUCUGACACUCUCUCUCCUCUGCCUGCCCCCCGUGCAGACCGGCGAGAUCACCAUGCUGGGGGAGAUCACGCACUUGCAGGGCAUCAUGGAGGACCUGGUGGUGCUGACGGCAGAGCCGCACAAGCUGCCCGCCGCCCGCGAGCAGGUGAUCAAAGACCUGAAAGGCUCAGACUACAGCUGGUCCUACCAGACUCCGCCCUCCUCCCCCAGCAGCUCUGGCUCCCGCAAGUCCAGCAUGUGCAGCCUGGCGCAGCCGGCGAGUGCCAACACCCGCCUGUCCAGCGUCUCCUCCCACGACUCCGGCUUCAUCUCCCAGGACGCCACCUACUCCAAGCCGCCAUCGCCGAUGCCAUCGGACAUCACCAGCCAGGUAGGGGCGUGGCGUGGCCGCGGGGCAGCCCCCUCAGAAAGAAAUGGGAGUGCGCCAGUGGAGUGGAGAGGGGACCAGGGCCGGAGACGCCUGGCUUCUAAUCCUGCCUCCAGUUUGCCACGUAAUCCUGGGCAAUGUCCUCUGGUCAGCGCGUCCGCGCCCGUAGGAGAGGGGCCCAGCGAGGGUCAGUGCGGACGAGGCGGGGAUGUGGCUGACUGGCACUGUGCCGGCCCCGGAGUCGUCUCUGCGGGGGCAGACGGGGAGUACUCGGCGCGGCCGACGUGCCACGGGCUGGCUGCGCCCUCUCGCUCCGGCUCCGUGGCGGGCUGCUUAGGUUGGACUGAGCUGUGCGGCGAGCUGGCCUCUGCCCACUCGAAAUCUCAGCCCCUCGCUCUGUGCCUGCCUUGGACGUGGCACUGCCGAGGGCUCCAAACUCCAGCAGCAGGGAGGG